AGAGGGGAAUACUAUGUACACGGAGAGAGAGAAAAUAGAACACAGCUUCCUGCAAUUCUUACACAUCACGCACGCACCGACCUCGGCCUGGCAUACUCUCACCCUCUCCCUCCAUAUACACAUACAUCCGCGUUACACACUUAUAUACAACAUGCUGUCUUCGUUGGCUUCGUCGCGUACCAGUGUGUACUCACGUUUGUCUCGUGCUUCUUGGUCAGCCUAUUCAAGUGCUGCUGCAGCUGUUGAGCAGGCACCGGUUCCUGAGGUCGACAGGCAACUCAACGGCGUCACCUCCACGGGAGUGCGCAAUGACUGGGAGUUGGAGGAGGUGAUUGAGCUAUACAACACGCCCCUGAUGGAGUUGGUAUACAAAGCCGCCACCACACACCGCAUGUACUUUAACCCCAAGGAGAUCCAACAGUGCACCCUGCUGUCCAUAAAGACUGGCGGCUGCACGGAAGACUGUUCGUAUUGUUCGCAGUCAAGCAAGCACAAGACCUUCGUCAAGCCCACCCCUACGCUGACGGUCGAGGAUGUGAUUGAGAACGCCCGCAAGGCUAAGGCGGCUGGCAGCACCCGGUUCUGUAUGGGCAGUGCAUGGAGAGAAGUGGGUAAGAAGCAUGCAUUCAAGAAGGUUAUUACAAUGGUCAAGGAGGUCAAUAGCAUGGGCAUGGAGGUCUGUACCACCCUGGGCAUGCUUUCCCCUGAGCAGGCCAAGGAACUGAAGGCUGCGGGUGUAACCGCGUACAACCACAACCUGGACAGCAGUCGAGAGUUCUAUGGUAAAAUCAUCACCACCCGCUCGUAUGAUGAACGUCUGAAGACGCUGGAGAAUGUCCGUGCGGCUGGCAUCAGUGUGUGCUGUGGUGGUAUCAUUGGCAUGGGCGAGGAGGCCAAGGACCGUAUCGGCCUACUACACACCCUGUCCACUCUGAACGAACACCCCGAGUCAGUGCCAGUUAAUGCUUUGGUUGCCGUGGAUGGUACUCCUUUGGCCCACCGACCCCCUGUGCCCGCCACAGACAUGGUUCGCAUGAUUGCCACCGCCCGUUGCCUCAUGCCCAAGUCCAUGGUUCGACUGUCUGCGGGUCGCACAAAGUACUCAACGUCCGAACAGGCACUCAUGUUCAUGGCAGGCGCCAACUCUAUCUUCACCGGGGACAAGCUGUUGACCGCACCUAACCCUGAAUUCGAUGAGGACAAGCUGAUGUUCAAGGAAUUGGGACUUCAGGGCAAACCCGCCCACUCCGCACCCCUUCCCUCACCGUACUUCCCGGAGGAGGCUUCAGCCCAGGCAUAAACUAUGUGUUUUUCAUAAACCAAGUUAUAACUGUAUAUAAACCGAAAUAUUGUUGUUGUUGUUUUUAACGCCGGCCUGUCAUUGACACUAUGUAAGUGGUGUGUGUGCUUGUGCGUAGAACUAGGCGUGGUAGGCUCGGACGUCGCGUUUUAAAUUAAAUGAUAGUAUAACCCGAUUGAAAUUCCGUGUCUUUAUUCCGCACGUGUCCGAUGGGUAGCAAGGUCAGUCGCAGAGA